CAUCGUUGCUGAAGAUGUUGAGAUUGCUGCUCACAGAGUGGUCCUGGCUGCUGGAAGUCCGUACUUUCACGCUAUGUUUACAGGAGAGAUGAGUGAAAGCAGACAAAAACGAGUGAGGAUAAAGGAAAUUGACGGAUGGACGCUUGGGCUGCUGAUCGACUACGUUUACACUGCAGAGAUCCAAGUUACAGAGGAAAAUGUACAGGUGCUGUUGCCGGCCGCUGGUCUUUUACAGUUACAGGAUGUGAAGAAGGCCUGUUGUGAGUUUCUCAGUACUCAGCUCCAUCCGACCAACUGCCUGGGUAUCCGUGCCUUCGCAGACCUGCACGCCUGCACUGAUCUUCUCGCCCUCGCCAACACUUACGCAGAGCAGCACUUUUCUGAGGUGGUUCAGAGCGAGGAGUUUCUGAACUUGGGGAUGGACCAGGUCUGCAGUCUCAUCGCCAGCGACAAGCUUACCAUCCCGUCCGAAGAGAAAGUAUUUGAGGCUGUCAUCGCGUGGGUCACACAUGAUAAAGACGUCCGACAGGAACACAUGGCUCACCUUAUGGAACACGUACGGCUGCCUCUUCUCUCCAGAGAAUACCUCGUCCAGAGAGUGGAAGAGGAGACCCUGGUAAAGAACAGCAGUGCCUGUAAAGACUACCUGAUUGAAGCCAUGAAGUAUCACCUGUUACCUGCAGACCAGCGCUCUAUGAUGAAGACUAUCCGCACUAGAAUGAGGACACCUGUCAGCUAUCCUAAAGUGAUGGUGGUAGUUGGUGGACAGGCUCCCAAAGCCAUCCGCAGCGUGGAAUGUUAUGACUUUGAAGAGGAACGCUGGUACCAAGUCGCAGAAUUACCCUCCAGGAGGUGCAGAGCAGGAGUGGUGUACAUGGGAGGCAUGGUCUACGCUGUGGGGGGCUUUAACGGGUCGUUGCGGGUCAGGACGGUGGAUUCGUACGACCCGGUGAAGGAUGAGUGGACCUCUGUCAGCAGCAUGCAGGACAGACGCUCCACGCUGGGCGCCGCCGUGCUCAACGGACUGCUCUACGCUGUCGGGGGUUUCGACGGAAGCACAGGGCUGGCCACAGUAGAGGCGUACAACGCAAAAACAAACGAGUGGUUCCACAUUCUUCCCAUGAACACACGCAGGAGCAGCGUAGGAGUGGGCGUGGUCGCUGGUAUUCUUUAUGCGGUGGGUGGAUAUGACGGAGCCACACGGCAGUGUUUAAGUACAGUGGAAGCUUACAACCCCAACACUAAUGAAUGGACCUACACCGCAGAGAUGGGCACACGCCGCAGUGGAGCAGGUGUAGGUGUGUUAAAAGGUCUCCUGUAUGCUGUGGGCGGGCACGACGGCCCAUUGGUCAGAAAGAGCUGCGAAGUCUAUGAUCCCGCCUCUAACACGUGGAAACAGGUGGCCGACAUGAACAUGUGUCGGAGGAACGCGGGUGUGUGUGCAGUAAGUAACCUGCUCUAUGUGAUUGGUGGAGACGACGGCUCGUGUAACCUUGCUUCUGUUGAGGUUUACAACCCCAGCACAGACAAAUGGACCUUACUGCCCACCUGCAUGAGCACUGGACGCAGCUACGCAGGUGUCACUGUCAUUGAUAAACCUCUCUGACUGCAUUGGGAAGUUUGAGUUGCUGCUGACCAAGUUGAAGGCUAAUACAGCCUAAAGCCUGUUUGGAGGCUGA